AUGAAGCCAAGCAAUGGGGAAGGUGUGCCAAGGCUUCUUAGGUGGAUCAUCAACGACGUCAGUAAUACAAUCGAGAAAGACUUGAAUGAUGCCAUGAAAAAGAUGAAACCAGGAUGGGUGAAGACUUAUACUGAUGAAGAGCGAUUGCUUUUGGAUGAGUACCGGAGGCAGAAACAAGAAAAUAACAUAAAUGCUGUGAAGGAAAAGCUGCGCAUUUCAGAUAUGCGAAGAACGGAGUUGGAUGAGGAGCUUACUGAAGUUCUGGAUAGGAAAGAAAGGCUUCUUAGUUUUAUUGAAGAGAAAAGACUACAAGUUAAUGAAGUUGGUCUAAUGAGCUUGACAGAAAGAGAAGUUAAUGAUUUCCGUAAUUACACUUUGGAUGAAAUCUUUAAAUGUGCAAAGGAAAUACGGCUUGAAACUGAGGAGGAUGGGGAGAUUGAGGAGGAAGAGGAUGAGGAGGAUGGGGAGAAGCACAAGGAAGAUGAUGAGAUUGAGGAGGAUGAGGAUGAGGAGGAGGAGGAGGAUGACAAGGUUGAGGAGGAGCACAAGAAAGAUGAUGAUGAUGGUGAUGAUAAUGACAAGGAGGAGCACAAUGAAGAUGGUGAUAUGCAUGAUCAUAAUGAUGAUGAUAAUGAUGAUGAUGGUGAUGACAAUGACAAGGAGGGUAGCAAGGAUGGUGAUAUGCAUGAUCAUGACAAUGAAAAAGAGGGUAGCAAAGGUGGUGAUGACGAGCAUGGAACUGAAUCUGAAAGGAAUGAAGUUCCGUCUGAAACUCUUGAAAAUCAAAGCACUCCUUCACCAAAGACCAAUGAGGCAAAUGAAGAAGGGGAUGGCAAGGAUGGAACAAGCCAAGGAGUUGAGUAUGAAACUGGUAACAAGCCGAGUACUUCUAUGCCAAAGAAAAGUGUAAUCAAUGAAGAUAAACAAGACCAAGUGAACCUUGAUGACCAGAAUGUGAUGGAUGGCACUCGAACAGCUGAAAUUGAUGAAGCUACCAUAAUUGCAGCUGAAGCCAUAUAUGUACGAGAAAGGAUCAUUGAAGAAGCAGUGCAGUUCAUUAAACAAAAUCCUAGUGAAUUUUUUAGCAGCCAAGAGGUGGAAGAAGAGAAAACGACUCCAGUGAGGACAAGAGAAGGGAGGAUGAAGGAAGCAGAGAUGUUGAAGACACAAGACGCUGGAAAGUUGUCUAAGACACCACAAAAGAGAAAUUCAAAAAGAAAGCUAGAUCCUGAAUUCACUGCCGAGGGUAAAACCAAACGAGUUGUGAUAAAAUCAGAUCCAAAAGGCAAGGGGAUCAAAGAGGGACAAGAACCAGGCUAUCCUGCCCCAAUAAAGAGAAAGGGAGAUGUAUAUCGUCCUCACAAUCCAUUGCCAGAUGUUCGUCUAUCACCACUAUACCAUGCUAUGCAACCAGGAUAG